AUGGAGCAAAUCAACCAACAUCCUGCGGUCCAAGCUCUUAACGAGGAUCCCGAAUUUGAAGAGAUAUUUCCCCUUGCAACAUCUCUUGAAGUCACCAAGGCAAUACAGGAGAACGUUCCCGGGAGAAAGAUCCACCAUUUCAUAUACACUGCUCUCCGUGGUGCCCGCGGCGUCUUCCCCCGUGCCUUUUAUUGUCCCUCACGUGGUAUAUUGGUCAUGGUGGUCGGGUUUGGGUAUGGCACCGCAGGGCCGCUGGACACCCUCCAUAACGGGGCUAUGGCCACGAUGAUCCAAGAAUCCAUAAGGCUGCUGGCACAAGCCUGGUUCCCUCCCGAGGUGGUUUACAAACUUUCAAAUCUCCAUAUGUAUUUCAGCAUUCCCCUCAUCGCGAACGGUAUCUAUUGCAUAUCUGUCGUGCCGGCUUCCACUGUGGCUGAUCUCGAAUUGACGGUUAACGAGCACAGAUGUAACCGGCGUACAGGCCCGGCCAUGGACACGUCGAUCAUCUGGCCAGAAUGGUUCGAUCCCACGGACCGACGGGAGAACUUCAACACAAUGAUCGCCCGAGUCUCGAUGUAUGACGGUCAUCCCUUGGACGAGGCCAACGCGAUUAUUGUGAACUGUGUUGGGAGGUUCGAGGUACAACAAUCCGAGCAUUGGCCUCCUAUCAACCAGCUAGAGCAGGUCGAGGAUGAUAAGGAUGCUACAUGA